GUAUCCCCCUAUACUCCCUUUGGGAACGGGAGUGAAUAAGGUGUUGGAGAUUCGCUUCCGUCGCUGCCUGCUGCAGUGCUUUGUUAUGCGCAAAUUUAACCCGAAGUCAAAAUGAAUCGUGUGCUCAUGUUGCUGUUAUGGAUAAUAUCAGAAAUUUGUGGCAUUUCGGCGGGAAAUUUAUCGUGCUAUCAAUGCACUAGAGACAAAAAUGUCGAAUGCGGAAACGAAGAUCUUAAGCCAUGUUCUUCAAUAUCCGAUAGAUGUGCAAUUCACAUAUCCAAGAGUGCUAAGGAUGGAUUUUCCGUAAAACGCGAAUGCGGCUUGGCGCCGUGUGGUUUCGAUGACGAAAUGGUUAACAGAGGAUUGGGACUUGAUAACUGUGACCGAAGCAAAGAGGAAUAUUCCUGCACCUACUGCUGCAAGCAAAGCGGAUGCAACAGAAACGAUUCUAAUGGCAAAAUUCCAUCGCUCACGCUUAUCGUGUUCAUGUUGAUAACUCUGCUAAACCUUGCUCGUGACUUUAUUCCUCCUUAUUUCACGACAAAUUCUAAUAACAAUUGAAAAACUUGUAAAAAUAAAAAUCUAUUGUGUUAUUGGUUCACUUAUUAGAUGUAAUAGUUACACGUAAGUAAGAAA